AUGGCGACGGAGAGGACCUUUCAAUUUCAGUGGAUAUAUAAUUUGAAAUCAUCAUCAAAAAAGAACCUGGGAGUUGCUAAAUUUGUUGCACUUUCUGAAAAUGGAGAAAUACUGACAGGCCAACUGACUGAUGAGAAAACCCUUAUUACAGACGUACAGCAAGUUCUAUCUGAUAUUGUCAAAGAGAAGGAUCUUCAUGGUGUACAGCUGAUAGCUGGAGAAGGGGAAUAUGUUCUUCUGGCUUCACCCUCUCACUUGAUAUGCCUCCAAUCAAAGGAAACACACAGUUUUCAGGCUGUCAGCGAUAUUCCUCUACCGUCCUCACAUGGCAACGUACAACAAUGUCUGCAAGUCCUGGAUAGUGUCGCUGUUGUAUUCAACACAGAUGAAAACACACUCUAUUUCUAUGAAAUAUUAACUGGAAAUUUAUUUUGCCAAGUGGAUCUCCAUAGGACCAAUCUCGAGCCUGAUCGGCUGAUACAGUGGCGAAUAUCACAUGACCUACAGACGUUGAUGUUACUUGAGAACACAUUGUCACUGACCGUGGUUGAUCUGGAACAAUACACACAUGACAAUCCUACCUGUUUGAAGAGCAGUACAACACCAGAGUGCACAAGGGAGACCAAUGUCUGUCUCACAUGUGAUGUUGGAGAUGUGGUGUGGAGGGAGAAGUUAUUCACACUUCAUAGUCAGCAUAGUGAAACAAUGAGCACUCCCUGGUAUAGACCCAAGCAAUAUACAAAAUUAGGGAAUCACACUGUCAGCAAAAAACGAUGGAAAGUGUCUGGAUUUCUCAGGAAGUCCAAUGUUCAAGAAAAGAAGAUAAAUUCCUUUCUAGUUGGAAAAGUGUUUUUACCCCCGUCUUUACAGAAUAUGUCUAUUGUUGACACGACCGUAGGUAAAUCUGUUGUCUCUCUGGUAUUUCACUCUGACAAGGAAAACUUCCUGUGUGUCUAUGACACAAAAUCCUCAACAGUGACAACAGAAAGUUUGUGUGCCCAUAGUCAAGUGAUUCUGUCCAGAGACCCAAACUUCCCACACUUCAUUACCACACCAACCCACCUUAUGUGUGUCGUCAUGGACCAAACAGUUGGACAGGAAGAUUUUGUUACCAAGAUGAUGGUGUAUGCUGGAGCGAGUGUUGCCGACACACUCUGCCAUAUAAACAAGUGGGGUCGCUGCUCAAUUCCGAUCCAUACACUAGAGAUAGGUCUCAAGCAGCGACAGCUAGACACUGUUCUUUUUUUCCUCAAAAGCAAAGAAAAUUUUUUUUCCAGUUCCAAACUAGCUACACCAUCCUCUCCAGGAGUGACAUCCCCUACUUGGUCUCUGACCACUAAUCACCAUGACAACCUGAUGCAGCUGGAGCCAGCCCUACAGCUGCUGAUAGAGACAGUAAAAGUACAUCUUACAGACCAGGGAUCAGAAAGAUUCUCAAAGAAACUGGCUGAUAUCCUACUAGACUUUCUGUACGAACUGCUCCAGGAUGGACUUAACUUAUUGGAUGUGGUACAGGAAUCUUAUGGUCAUGAUGAGGAAAUAAAGAGUCUGAAUCUGGCUAUAGAGAAGUUACUGGACCUGAUAGGAGAGGUCAGAGGUUGUAUGAAUAAGCAGAUUCAUAAUAAUUCUGAGUUGAAUGGGAUGUCAGGAACUGCAGAACGUGUGCCUGAUGUUGGUAUUCCAGCUAAUGAAUGGUCUGUUAUGUCAAACGAGGCUGUGAUUGAGAAUGGAGUAACCAUGAACCGUAUCCCUGCUCUACAGACUUACUUGUGUAGUAACGGACACCAGUCUGAUCUUACAUGUAUUAUCAGAGCCAGUUUAAACAAGACCAUCCAGUACCUGUCACGACAACAGAUUAAACCAGCCCUUCUUAUCCUCACAAAUCUGGGUCUGAACAUUGACAACACACUAUGGGAGAUAACUCUUAUGUCAGUGAAAAAAUCUACACGAGACUUUAUCAUCAAGGAGUUACGAUCCCGUGCACCUCUGACAAAAGAACAGGAUGACCUUGUGACCUUUUCCGACCUCCUGUCUAAACACUACCCAUGUCAGUCUUACAGAGCUGCAGCAGCUGGUCUUCAACAACAGGGAGGGCCUGAAAUACCACCAUUACAUAGAAACUCUGGCAUUCAGCUUGCUGAUAAAAAGUACGACUUAUCAGAAGAAUGUGGGGAAAUUGACUGUUCUCUUGAUGAAGAUAUCAACAAAACAGAUGAUUCUCCGGAGAAAAUAUCCAAACAAUCACACGAUUCCCAGAAACAGUUAUCAACGCAGUCAAGUUGCUACUCCCAAGUGUUGAUGGACUGGCUGCGGUGGUGGAGCAUAGAUACUCAACAACUUGUCUUAAUGGACACUAGGAUAGGAGACAAAGUCUGGAGGGAGGAGCUGAACUGUCGCCUUGAUCUAGUGGUGGAUUAUUUAGCUCGACAUAAUAAACUGGACUUGCUGAAGAAUCUAAUUGACCAGGCUGCUGAGUCAAGUGAUCAUACCAUUAUCCAGGAAAUACAUAACCAGGCCAGCAAGAUGACUGCCUUUACUUUCCUUCAGCUCACUCACUAUUGUGUUCAACACAACCUCUACCUGGACCGGUCUGAUUUCCCGUUGUUACUGAAGCAAAUGGGAUUAGUUGGAGGUCCGUUAGUUGUGCCACACCCUCUAGCUUCCUACUCUGCCCAUACACAAGAACGUUUUCAUCAAGAAUUUGCCGUGUACUGUGUCCAGAACAAUCUCCCAAGUCUUCUCUGGCAGUACUGUUUCCUUCACAGAGUCCAGUCUGAUGUUUUGUACAGAGUGGCCCAGUCCUCAAGUGAACUACAAUGGUUGGAUUUUUUUGUCCACAUGUACUCUGUUGCCACCAACCCUCACAAUACAAUCAGCCUAUUUGAAGCCAGUGUAGCUAAUGCCGCACUCACCUGGUCACUGGAUGAUGGUGUUAUCCCCGCUCUGAUUGGUCAGGGAGAAAUCCUCACAGCCCUGGCAACACUUGUGUACUCACCACAUCCCAUACAACAGAUUACCCCUGGUACAGAUAUGACCUCGAUGUUUGGUGGACUCAGUAUGGAGGCCCUGGAACAGGCCUUACAGCCGUACCCUAAACUUCAUGUAGCUCUGUUCCCUACCUCUACCAUCGACAAACCUCAAAACGAUGUCACAGUCUAUCAGUUACUGAAGGACAAUGCUCCAUUUAGUCCAAGCCGGCUUUUUGGUUGGCAGUCCAUGAACCGUACUACAGGAGAAGAUUCCCUACGACAGCUGCCCCACUUCUCCAUGGCAGAGUUGGUGAACCGGUUUGCCUACACAGAGACGAUUAGGUACCCAUACUACCUGCGACAAGGCAGACCUUCAUUUGCCUUUGCAUCCUUUUUGGCGGAACAGUUAGACACAGAUCCUACAACCCUGUCUAACAAAAGCAUACUCGCUGCGUGUGGAACGGCACUUUGGAUUGGAAUAAAACACUUUCACAACCCGCAGAUUUCCUGUGCAUGUGUGGUGUUCACAGAGAUGCUUGGACAGAACAGCAUCCUUGUAAGGACAUAUCUACAAGUAGGGCAAGAGAUACUACUACACCUCAACAGCAGUUUGACUGGCAACAUUGACCGUCGUAAAGAACAAGCACGUCACAACGAGACCGAGAUAGCAUCUUGGCUGUGUAGUUGUGUUCUGCAUCAGAGGAAACAAGCAACUUUCUUGUUAGUUAAACUGGAGGAGGCUAUUAGCGCAAGUCUGGACAAGGAUGACAUUCCCAGCACAAGUUUUGAAGCUGGUCAGAAGUGGACAAUAGCAGUGAUGUUCUGUCAAAGUCUACACCUCCAGCUGACCACCAGGUUCCUGGAGCAGUGCUGCCAGGCAGAUAAAUGGCUGCCUUUCCUUUGGUUUGCUCAGACCCACCAGUAUCCUAAAGAACAGCUACAGAGCCUGCUGUAUAAAUUCAAGGGUGUUCACCUGCAGCAGCAUCUACAUUAUGUAAUAGAAAAUGCCGAAACCAAAGCUAGUGACCGAGGACAUGUGCAGUCAGAAGGUCAAGGUCAAGCUGGCUCUAAGGGCAAGGACGUACGUUCAUCACUCUAUGUCAGAAUUGGACUUAAGAAAGAUGCAGACACAGCGGAGCUAAGUAGUGAUGAAGAGGACCAGCUUACCUCUGUACCACAAACAGAUGAUACAGAUAAUGGGGUGUUGAUGGUGGAUCAGGACUCUGCCCCUGAUGAUGUGUUCCGAGUCGUAUUUGUAACACAGUCUUCUAAGUGUCAGUGGCGGUCACUGUUGCAGUACUCCAUCGUACUACGUAACCCACUCUUCUCUGAAUUAGCUGCAUGUAUAUCGGAAGCUCCUGGGUUAGCAUGCCUAUGUGGCUGGCUUGUGGCUAUGUUAGAUGUUAAAGAACAUGACAAGUUCUUGAAGAAUCAUGGAAAGCUUGCUGGGAAGUGGAACAUGCGUCAUCUUGGCAGCUUGAUUGACAUCUAUCUCCAAAACAAUUGGGUUUCUACUCUGGCCAAUGGUUUCCAUAUCUUCCAGCCGGACAAUCCAAUCAUUCCAUUCUUCAAGUUCUCAGCCGAGUUUUCCGAAAAGAGGAAUUUCAGUCAGUGUAAAACGUUAUUAGAAGAUUUUAAAGAAUGCUUCCAUCUGUACUGCCAUGAAAUCACUGCCGAAGAGCGAGCUGCCAUCUAUGGGGACACCGACUGGUUUCAGCAAGUGAUCUUCAGAGUACUCCAGCACCACUUCACACACACACCUAGUCUGUACGACAUCCUGCAGCUCCUUCGCCUCCUUGAUAGCGAGAGCAUUGUCCUCAUCUUUAAGUUUGAGGUACCAGACUUUGCCAGACUGGCUCGGAUGCUUCAGAUGGUGGUGAAUGUACCAAUCCCAGAUGUAAGAUUUUCACAUUUGAUAGCGUCAGAGAAGUCUGAGGUGGAUGAAGAGAGUCAGAGGAUACUGGAAAUCAUGGUAGAGAAACAGUUGUUCCAUCAGGCAAGAGAGUUUGUCCGCGAGGCUGGACUGUCUCAUGAUCGUGUCACCAUGGCAGAGGUGAAAGAUGAGAAGUCGAAGUUGAUGUUAACUCCCCUGUGGCAGUCUACCAUCAUUCGUCAGAGAUUCUGGAAACAGUGUGCUAAAUCCUUCCUAAACUACAAACUGUCAGUGGAGCAAGCAACAGACUUCUUCAAGACUGAGGCCAAUACGGUAGAGAGCUACCAGGAAAAAGCUUAUCUAUACCAGCUGUGUGUCCAACACAUGGAGGCCCUAGGCAAGGCAGACAUGCUGCAACUCAUCGACCAAACGUACCACACUUUGAGCAUAUACAGAAUCAGGGCUAAGAUGGAGCAGAUGCAGCAUGGAGAUAACAGCGAGGAUUUCAUGGAGGACAUUUUUGAAGAUGAUUGCAGUUCUUUACCAUCUGAUAGCCAUGACCGUAAGAAGGAACUUCUCAACUACGGCAAGAUGCCUCGUAAAGAUCAAGUAUCGAAAGAGCUGACUGAGGAGGAGACAAAGGCCCUGGAUCUACUGAUACAGGAACUGUUAGACAACGGUCAAGUAAUCGAGAGUUGUAGACUGGCCACUGACUUCCAUUUCUACUGUCGUGAUCUUGUCAUCGUCCUGACAUGUAUACGACUGGCCUUGGGAACAGUCACUGUGGGCGAAUCAAUGGACAUGACAAUGGUCAGUUUGUUGGCAGAAUCUACAGGACAUCGCAGAUUGUCAAUGACAGCGACUCCGGGUAUGGGAAGGAUAAACAACAGAUCUUCUAUGGUCAGUCUAGCAUCUGUGGCAUCCACUACCUGGGAAUUCCUGCCUGCUGACCAAGAGAAAACUGUUACCACAAUGGAGGCUUUACUGGACAACUGUCAUCAUGGAAACCAGUGCUGUAAACAAGUCCUUAACUGUUACGUCAUAGCAACAGUUCUUGAAAAAGGAUACGAGAAUGUGGUGUUAGACAAGGAGUUCACUGUUCUCAAAGAGCUUCUCCAGACCAGUCUUCCACAGAGAUUCUGGUUAGCAUCAGAGUUCCUGGUCAGCAGCUCUCUCACAAACUCAGAGGUUGCCGGCUUUCUCUGUGAUGCCAUUGUUUAUGCAUACAAGUUCUCCUACUGUAAUGAGGAGUUACCUCAGACUGACCCUACCCACCAGUCAGGAGAGAGGGAUCUACUGUUUAACCCCACUGAGGACAGGGGUGUGUCUGGGCAGUUUGUGACCCUGUGUCCUGAUCCCUCCAUUCUUGGGGACAGAUUGUUGGAUGUAGUGACAAGCAUGUCUGAGGAACAACACAUCACUACUGCAUUGCUGUCAGUCCAGACAGAACUGCUGAUCCUUUCCCACACCUGUCACACUACAGCCUGUAACAUGGAGGGUAUCUCCCACGUCCUAAGGUCGGCUCGCACCAUCACAGUCAGCCUGGCUAACACACACAACUUCUCACUGAUGGUGCGGUUAUUGACAGGAGUUGGCAGAUUCAGUGAGAUGACCUAUAUAUUUGACAGUCUGAAGAUGAACGAGCACUUUGAGCUGCUGCUGAAAAAAGGAAUAGAGAAGGAGAACAGUUUGAAGAUUGCCUUGCUUGACUACCUGAAACGUUACCAUCCAGCAGACAUAGACACCUACGACAUGGUAGCUCACAACUUCCUCAUGCACCGUGAGAUCGCACAGAUGCUGGAGUCUCGAGCUUGUAGAGGGCUCAGUAGAUAUAAAGAUAAACUACUAGAAAAUACAACAGAGAUCAAAGCAGACCUUCAGAACAUUGUCCAGGAUUUUACUGAGGCGGCUGAGAGUUACUACAAAGAGAGCUGUUUGCGACACGCCCAAACUUGUUUGCGUCAGGCACGACUUGUGGCUCUCCAGCUUCAGCACCUUGCCCCUGUUCUCUCAGUCCUUCAUCUCUCUUCAGAUAAUGCUGAGAAAUUCAUAGCCUCACAUCCAAAGUUCCUUGAGGCUUUGAUCGUGAGUGAGACAUACGGCAAGAAGGGAAAUUGGCCAGAUGCUCUGUGUCAUAACGUACUGAAAGGCGGUGACUUCCGUUACCUGCAGGACUUCAAGUCUCGGAUUAAACUUACCACAGCUCUGGUAUCAGAGGCCAUAGAGAAAUUCCAACAGGAACAGAAUCAUCCUGCUCAGUCACUGAACAACCUGAAAAAGUUCCUUGAAACACACUGUAGGGAUGUGAAGGUGAAGUACAAAGUGGCACAGGACUUUGGGUUUAAAGACCUUCUGACUGCUAUGGAGAAAGGAGACAAUAGCAACUACAUCCAGGAUCUAGUCCAUCUGGCUACAUAAACUUAGUGCUUCACGCUGGAAAAAAGAACACAAUUUUCAUUUUAAAAUGUACUUUCAAUAUGCAUACUGUAUUUAUCCCCAUUUCAUUUUUGCCAAAUGAUCAAAUUCAAAAUAGUAAGCUGAAAGUGGUUCACAAAUAAGCCCGCCCUUAACUUUGUUACUAAACCUUUACACUAGAGAAGGGUGCUUAUAUGAGAAUAAAUAUGGUAUUUCAAAAUAUAAAUACGAAAACUUUCUUCUAUGAAAGACAUUUUGAAUAUUGUAAUUCUUGUUAUUUAAAAAUUUUCUCUGAGCUUUUUACUGCAAAAAUCAAGUAGAAAUUGUAGAUAAAGAAAAUUUAUUUCCGCUAUGCCAAAUAUCGAUGUGAGCUGGGUUAUAAGUAACAGACCAAUCACUAGUUAGAAUAUAAACCAGGUGUUUAACAUUCCGUAGUACACUUACCAUUUGUAUAAAUGGUGCAACAUGUCUUUGUAUUUCAGUGCAAUACCAUGUAAUGGUGUAAGGGUUGUUUGUUUACGUAUUGUUUAUCAGUGUAUAUUGUCACCUAUUUAAUUAUCACACUGUGUUAAAUACUGUUAAUUACUAUUGUUAUUUAUUCCAUGACAAACCUGGUAUAUAUACAAACAAUCUCUGUUCUGGGUUUCCAGAGACUCAAACAAAUAUUUUCCAUGAUCAAAUUCACAUUUCUGACUUCUCAAUAACAACUGCACCAACAUAACAGCAAAUCUCAAUCAUGAUGUUUUGCUUGUUUUAUGAUUCUGAACAAAUUGAAGAUUGAUGGAUUGGACCUAUGCAAUUGGUUUGAAGUAGUCCAGGAAGAGUUGUGUCCCUUGACUGCUAUUUUUGUCCUGUUGUAUCCAGUCUUGAUUGAGUCAGUACAUUACUGAUACCGGUACUAAUUAAGUUGUUACAAUAUUGCCACAUUAUUUAUCUAUUUAAAUUUGAUAUUAGGUACAUAUUUAUAGAUUUUGGUCUGAUGUGAGUUUUAUUUAUGUCACGUUUCAUAUUUUACAAUGUCAAGUCAAGUGUUGAACGUUGACAUGGAUUUAGACUAUAUAACAACACUUUUGAAGACUGACGUCGAUUUAGACUAUGGAACAAUACUUUUGAAGACUGACAUGGAUUUAGACUAUAUAACAACACUUUUGAAGAUCGACGUGGAUUUAGACUAUAUAACAACACUUUUGAAGACUGACGUCGAUUUAGACUAUGGAACAAUACUUUUGAAGAUCGACGUGGAUUUAGACUAUAUAACAACACUUUUGAAGACUGACGUCGAUUUAGACUAUGGAACAAUACUUUUGAAGAUCGACGUGGAUUUAGACUAUAUAACAAUACUUUUGAAGACUGACAUUGAUUUAGACUAUAUAACAACACUUUUGAAGACUGACCUGGAUUUAGACUAUAUAACAAUACUUUUGAAGAUCGACGUGGAUUUAGACUAUGGAACAAUACUUUUGAAGACUGACGUGGAUUAAGACAGUGUAAUAGAAAGGAUUGAAUCUGGUCUGGUGUUUUCAUAAUGCUAUAGAAAUGUUUCCAGUAUUUCUCUCGUUUACAUUGCUUACAGUGUAUUAAGAUGAUAUUCUGUGAUAUGUUUGAACACUACUUUGAAUAAAUCAGGUUCAGUAAUUGACUUUGAAACCUUUGAAUACUGAUCAAAAGUGAAGAAGUAUCAGGUGAUGCUAGAAUUUGUCACGAUUUAAGUAAGUCAUCACGAUUUGACCUAUAUCAUGUCGUCCUGAUAAAAUCUGGUGAGUUGGUGACACUGAUGACAUGAUACUGCUUCAAAGUGUUUGUUUAUACCUUACAUUUUUCAAAUAAAUACUCAAUGUUUCUGUUUAGGGUAUUAAGUCUAGAAGCUGAGAUGACGAAAUAAAGAACGGUGAAGAAUA